GGGGAAUAGAAGUAAAAAGGAUACCGAAGGGUAUCGAAAGAGAAGGAUAGGUAGAGCAAGAAAAGAGAGAAAAAAGAAAAACGAAAGAGCGAGCAAGCGAACGAAUAACCAAGAGAGAAAAAGAGAAAGAGCAAGAGAGCGACCGGGAAAGAGGAGCAAGAACAAGUUAAAACGCCAAACGAUACGUAAGAGACAAAGGCCACGGCGGCAUAACCUCCAAGCCAACCGUACGGCGCAUUACGGGGAUCUCUCAUUCUCAUAGAUUUCUUCGUAUUCUCAAGAAAUUUGGUACAUUAUUCAUGAAAAAUUCUAUUUUUGCAAGUGCAUGCCUGCUCGGGCUUCCAUAUGAAGUGUCGCACGAGUGUGAGAGAGAAAGAUAGAGCACGUGCGUGAAACAUAUUUUCCUCGAGAUACAGGAGUCGUCAUAAAGUGAAAGAGCGGGACGGUUGUUUGUACAGUCGUGUUUUUCUGCGACACCUGGUAUACGAUAUACUUACAUCCGCGAGUGUUGUGUGAACGAAAUUUACUCUUGCUACAGGAAAGAGAAAAAGGGAAAGAGAGAAAAAAAGGAAAAAAGGCGGAAAGAGACGGAUAAUAUUCUUAGUGCGGCUGUCUACAGUUGAUGGAUGAAACUGGCAGGAUGCUGCAACACGGCGGAUCAGGUGUUGGUUUGAUGGGAGGAAACCAGGGUCAAGGGGCCCAAAAUACUACCGGAUACGGUAGUAUGGGGCCUGUGGAUGGAACCGCGACACAAGGUCCGGAUCAAGCCGUUGAGGCUAGAAAACAGGACAUCAGUGAAAUCCUCCAACAAAUUAUGAACAUCACUGAUCAAAGCUUGGACGAGGCGCAAGCGAGAAAACAUACAUUAAACUGUCACAGAAUGAAACCAGCCUUGUUUUCAGUCCUGUGUGAAAUCAAAGAGAAAACAGUUCUAUCUUUACGAAAUACUCAGGAAGAGGAACCACCCGAUCCGCAGCUAAUGAGGUUGGACAACAUGUUGAUCGCGGAGGGUGUCGCAGGACCGGAAAAGGGUGGUGGCGCGGGAGCUGCGGCCUCUGCAGCGGCGGCAGCGGCGGCUGGACCACCUGGACAACCCGACAACGCCAUCGAACAUUCGGAUUACAGAGCCAAACUUGCCCAAAUUAGACAGAUUUACCACCAGGAGCUGGAGAAAUACGAACAGGCGUGCAACGAGUUCACAACCCACGUAAUGAAUCUCCUGAGGGAACAAAGUCGUACCAGGCCAAUCACGCCGAAGGAGAUCGAGAGGAUGGUUCAGAUUAUUCACAAGAAGUUCUCCAGCAUCCAAAUGCAGCUUAAACAGUCUACCUGCGAGGCGGUGAUGAUUCUGAGGAGUCGAUUCCUCGACGCAAGGCGUAAGAGACGGAAUUUCAGCAAACAAGCGUCGGAAAUUUUAAACGAAUACUUUUAUUCGCACCUCAGUAAUCCGUAUCCGAGCGAAGAAGCGAAAGAAGAGCUCGCACGAAAGUGUGGAAUCACCGUGAGUCAGGUUUCCAAUUGGUUUGGCAACAAGAGGAUACGCUACAAGAAAAACAUAGGUAAAGCACAGGAGGAGGCGAACUUGUACGCAGCCAAAAAGGCAGCUGCAGCUUUUGCAGGAGCGUCGCCGUACAGUAUGGGUGGUGCCAGUCAAGGCACCCCGACGCCGAUGAUGUCGCCUGCGCCACCCGGUGGGCCACAAGACAUGGCCGGAUACGGGAUGGGCAUAAACGGUAGCGACUACGGCUCGCAGCCGUACAACGACGGCUCCAUGGGCUACGAUCCUAUGCACCAGUGACGCGCCGUGCCAACGAAAAAUCCAAUUGCGAUCGUAGAUUCGUCAUCGAGCUCGACGUGUGCUGGCUUUGCGCGAACGCGUGAAUCCGCUUGCGUUUCACGAGAGAUUGGAGGAAUGCGUGAAGUAUGUCUGAGAGAGAUUCGCGAACGAUGUUCGAGAUUAGAAAUCGACCAGCCGUUCAGGAUGUAUCGUCCUUCGUUGCAACAAGCACAGGUCUCUUUCCCUUGAACGGUCGAAACGACGAGUUUCGAAAAGAGACAGACGAAAUUUCGAACAAACUGAUUCGCAUAGAAUCGAGACAUCGACUCGUAGAUAGUGCAAUAUACUCAUAAUUAUUAUAUAAAUACAUUUAUACGCGUUCUUUCUUUUCUUUUUUUUUUUUUUUUUUUUUCUGUUGAUAUUAUUCCUGGCGCUUGAUUCUUCGAGCCUUUCUCACGUAUCGUGUCGUUUUUGUCGUCUCGCUCGAAGCCGGGAACCGACGAUCAACGUAUCAACUGGAAACGAGAUAUUUUUCAAGCGACGAAUUUUUAUCGAACUUUGUUCGUUCGUUGUUCUGCCUGAGACGUUUUCACAGCGACGUUCUCGCCUUCGAGCGUUCGUUUCUAGAUUUAGACUUUGCCGAAUGUGCAAUAAAACUUGUGUAGCAGGCCUUCUUUGAGCGAGAAAAGCACGAGGUAGCUCGUUUAUAGGUAGGUUACUGAAUUGGUGGCAGCAAGUAGUAAAUUAAUCCGAGCCAAUCGUAUCGGUGGAACACGGUCGAUCAAAGAACGAACGUUUCGUCGCGCCUUUUACUUUUUAUUUCGCCAACGGUUCGCUGUAUUUGACCGAUAACGAUGGUUCCGAAGGGAUUAACGAAUCGAUGUUUGAAACCAGGCAGCUUAUGAUAUCCCAGAAAUACGGAGAAGUAGACUGCAAGCAUAUCGUAAACGCGUAUCGUCGCGUUACUUUCGAAACGAAUCGUCCCCUGGCAGUUUUUCGUGCGCGAUCAACCACGCCUGUUUGUUGCGCAUAAUAGCACGAGAUCAGGCGAACGAGUACGAUCUCUGUCCGUGCUACAGCUACUUAUAGACUAUCUGUGCUAUGCAGAUACAUCCUCGAAGAACGCACCAUGCGGUUUCUUGUCGCUCUCGUAUGGCUUUCGAUACUUAAUCCUACAAUUAGAAUAUCUUCUACAGAGUUUCGCAUCGCACUGCAAUGUAUUCGUUACAUAUACACGUACACGUUUAAGAAUACACGACACACAUACGCUGACUUACAAAGUGAUAUACAAAGAAUUACGCAGAUCAGAGAAUUCUUUACGGAUGGAUAAUUCCUCGAGAGACAUCUUCGUGGCAUGCAUGGCUGCAUGUAGAAUUACAGUUUAUACGUUUAUACUGGUCUUACACAGUAGUACGUGUGUGCGUUUAUCAUUACUUCUACAUAUUCUAUUAUUAUUUUUUUGUUGUUGUUUUUUCUUUUUUUUUUUUUUUGUUUUUGCGGGACGAUUGGCUGGGGUUUUCUGGGUGAAUAGAUAAAAGGCGAAAGGAGAUGAGAGAGCGUGAAAGAGGGCGGAUGUCAAAGAUUUCAUAUUUAGUUCAUUUGCAGAGUUAUACAUUUUUCGCGUAGAUAGUAGAAUAGGCGCCGGUUUGUUGCAUUGGCAAAUUAGAGUGAAAGGAUUUCCUAGUUUUGCUGUUUGUUCCUUUGUUCGCAAUCAUCAUCUCGAUCAUUAGAAUCUUUCGUGUUAUGUAGCAAAUCCUUUCGUGCUCGUAACGGGAGUCGAACGUAUUCUUUUUAUGAAAAUAAAUAAAUAAAUAAAUAAGUAAAUAAAUAAGAAAGGAAGGAAAAGAGAAAAGACAGUUGUUUAAAAAAAAAAAAAAUAAAUAGAAAAAAAUGGAAAGAAAAAAAGAAGGACGUUGCGAAGCAAGAAGAUAAAUAUCGAUAUCCUGAUACGAGCAGCCAAUUCAAAUAGCCCGCGCUUUCGUAAAAUUCCAUAUAAUUUGUAUAUCAUGGUUAUUCGAGAAACGUCUGUCUGUGCUGACAAAAAAAUGCGUAAAGUUGUGAAACGAAGGCGAUGCUUAGUGACCAAUGACACGCAAUUUUGUCGCCACCUGCAGGGAAUAAAGACAGAGAGCUAAAAAUCAAUUCAAAAAAAAAAAAAUCGAAAAAAAUGACGCAGGGAAAGGCACUGGCGGGGGGGCCUGGCGCGGCCGGAUGGAUGCAACAACGCGAGGCUGUGCCGGAAUUUCCGCCACUCCACGAUUCAGCGGAUUCUGAUUCCGACCGAGAAAAUGAAAAACGACCGCGCGUCUAAAAUUACUUUUGGGAUGAGCGACCUAGCACGGUAACGAAACUAAUAAAACAAAAUACAUGCAAAAAAGAGCAGCAACAAAAUUGAGAGAGAAAAAUAGAGAAAAAAGCAUAGAGUAGUAGAGUGUAUGUCAGAGAAAGAGGAAAAAAAAAAAGAGCAGACGUACCGCUACCGGACAACCAGGAACCACGUCGUCACCCACUACCGACACGCACACGCUCUCGUCGGCACACAGCCACAUACACCAACAUACGUAUACACAUUUGCGAUAACGCGCACCUCCGAGCCACACACAAGGAAAUAAUGUUCGUUGGUGUUCCUACGAUUAAUAAUAACAUUAGUUUCCGGUUUUGAAACAUUUUUCUCUUUUUCCGUCAAGAGUGAAGGCCGAACGCAGCGAAGGAUGCGACGAUAUUAAUUAGUCUAUCGCGAAUUAAUCCGUAGUACACUUUUAGCAAUUUCUCGAGAUAAAUACGACCAUGAGAGAAUGUUAGUUAUUCGAUGAUUCGCGCAUCGAACAGGAACAAUUUCAUACGCGCGUUCGCAUCUUCUUUGCUUCUGGCCCUUCGAUCUUGAUAAUCUUAAUCUUGCCUUAUCGAGUGACUGUGCACGGGCAUCCACGUCACCCAUUUACAAAGGAUUUAAAGAGCGAAACGUGUAAGAGGAAUUAAAAAAGAAAAGGCGGGUAGAAAGAAAGAAAGAAAGAGAGAGAGAAAGCGAGAGAGCGAGAGCGAAAGAGAGAGUGAGAAAGAGAGUGCGCGAGUAUGAGAGAGUGGAAAGGACGGCGAACGAUAAGAAUCCGUAGGGCAAUGUGCUCUUAAGAAACGUAGGUUCGCUUCUAUUAAGACAAUACAGCAGCGUACAGGCGCCUAGCUAAGGAGAGAGAGGGAGAGAGCGUAUACAAUCAACUAAUUGUUUUAUUUUUUACGUAUGCCACAUACACGCAUACGUAGAUGGACGUAGCUUGUACAGAUAUUUUUAUUCUUUACGAUCGCCCCUAUCCCGAUACUCUACGAUUGAUCGGACGAUUUGAUUUUAAAUAUUUAACAUUGUCUUUGUAAUCAUUUUUAUCCUCAUGUUAUGUAUAUCCCCACUAUAAUACGUAGCGUAAUUUUUUGCUGGGUAAGGAUUUAAGGGAAUAAUAUUUUGGACGUAUAUGAAGAAAUAUAUAUAUAUCGUUUCUUUUCUUUUUUCUUAUUCUUCAUUUCUCGACGAGACAGACAUUCAUAGAAAUUUGUGAUCCGUCGUGAAGCAACUUCCAGCCAGAUUUUCGAUGUAAUUUCUUUUAAAUCUAAUCCCAGCAGUAUCCCGAGUAUCGUGUAAUGCUAGCGAAUGUUUCUUACGUUCGAUUAUGGUUUAAGUUCCGAGUCUUAAGUUUAGCUUCGAAUUAUACUUUUAUAGCGAUACAUUGACGAUGUUUACGUGCUGAUUUGUUCGAUUUCGUUCGAAUGCGAGGACACCAUUUGCUGUUUCUGUCCCAAGAAACAGAUCACGAUAAUUGUAAUAGAUUUUCAGCAUUAUUAUUUAUUUACUGAAAUUUGAGUACGCGCAUGUGUUUCAUAGGUAUAUAAGAAAACGAUUUGUCGGUGUCCUCGCUGUACAAAGCUUAGUAUCAUCGUAUACUUUGUUACAUUGAAAAAUUGUGUGCAUGAUUGUACCUAUGAGCGAACCGAAAAACUCGAUUCGUUUUCUACGUUUGUUUUUCCUUAUUUUUCUGUAAAACAACGAUUCAGCACGAGAUCUUAUUAAAAUUUGUUUCCUUUAUCUCUUUUGUUCUGUUUCGUUGAUUUCAACAGCCGACACACGUACAGAGACACAGGUGUCGAAUCCAGAAUUCGAACUCCGCCAUUUGAUCGGUAAUCGCGAAGCGCCAAACUUUCGGCCACCAAACUUCUCGACCAAACUUGUUCAUUCGGCUUCGAUCACGCAACUUUUUGCAAAUCAAAGUAUAUUUUCUAACGAAGCAAAACGUCGUCGUUUACAUGGUUGCUAAUCGGCUAAUCGGCUAAUCGCCUAAUCCGUCGAAGCGUAGAGAAACGAAUCGAAGUCGGAUUUUUAUCGAUACUACUGCGCUUCUUCCGGUCGAACGGAAAUGUUGUAAGUUUUGAAAUCGGCGCGAGAAAACGCGAUUUAACUGGAUUCGACAUUUAAAAUAUACGAUUGCGCCUGUCUAUCCUUAGUUGGUCGUACGUACGUAGGUACAUAUGUAUUGUGUAUACGUAUACAUGUGUAUAAAAAUAUAUAUUCUAUACUUUCGUAUCUGUAUAACUUCGUAUGUCACGAUUACGAUGGUAAAUUCCUACGAUAAACUGGGCAGAAACGUAAAGAUUGCGUUCCGACCAAGUUUCCCUUCGACCGUAUGCGUGCAUGAAUCUGAAUAGUCGCCGGAAAAAGAUAUUUCGGAUAAAUUAUAGUUGGCGCAAUAGCGUCACAAAUCGUCUUCGUCGCAUUAUUUCCUCGAUUGUUUCAAAAAGUGGACACGAUCGGGUGUUUACUGACGCUCGAGUUAACUUAGCGACUAAAAAAACGAAUCGCGAGAAAUCGUCGAUAGUGCUUUUUCACGCGACUGUGUGAUCACGCUCGCGUACACGGCCGGUACUGUUUGCUUUCAGGAGCUGUCGCCUUGAAAUACUUAGAGGAAUCGCAAGAAGAUGCGCGAAACAGACAAUUACGAGAAUGAAAUUAAGAUGUAGAAACGCAUAUGUAUAAGAUGUAUCGUGAAAAUGCUCGCGCAAUCCGAUCACCUCACUAUCUGUGAUCCGAGGCUCGUCGUUAACACGGCGAGUAAUACGAACUAAAAAUCGAUAUUAAGCUAUUAAUGUUAUGUAAUACAGAUUCUCUAAGCGAGAAGCGUUCACGUUCCUAAGCGACGCGCAGAAAGAAAGUCGCACCAGAAUUCGACGAACGAACGAUACGUUGUCGAGCUUUGGUUUACGAUCGAAAGCUAACGAACAACACACCACCGCGAUACGAGAAGUUCACCUAACAUUCGCAAUACACGUCAUAGGAUUAAGCAAAAGGGUUGGUUGUUUGUGCUUGCGAAAGAGAGAAGCGGCCAGAAACGGCAGAUACCCGUUCCUAGUCGGUUUAUUGUCCUUUACCUUUCUCACUUCUUCGACUUGUAUGACAACUGCUUCUUCCUCCUUCUUUUCUUCCACUCCAUCGUUUCCUCUUUUUGUUCCACGCUGUUUUGCGAAGAUCAAGCGUGAACGCUUCUAUGCAUCGACGCCACCUUUCUCCCUCUCAGCGAGACUCAUCGAGUGAAGAUGGUCGAAAUGAAAAGACAGUGAACGGAAAAGGGAUGAAAAUAUAGAAACGUGAUGAGCAAGCAGAUAAAAAAGUACGAUCGGGAAACAGAAUAGAAACGAAGCAAUGGUCCCGCGACACAACACUAAUGUAUACGAUUUUUCAACAUGAAAAUAUUAUAUAUUGUAGCUAUACAUAUAGAGGUAUAUAAAAGAGAAUAGUCCAUAGGCAAAAAUGUAAUAGCUAAGUACAUCAUUGUAACGACGAUGCUAAUUAGUAAAACGAGAUUUAUUUUAUUAUUAUCA